UGACUUGUUUGCGUUUACGUGUCAGCUAGUGGUUGAAUCCGCUGGCAAUAUGCAGGAUCGUGCUGAGCUGCAAUACUUUUCGUAUUAAAAUAUUUAAUUUAACUAGAUAAAAAGUGGUACGGGUAGUGGUAUCGAUAGAUCGUGAGUUCACCAUAAAACCUAGGACACAAUUAUGGAAACUCUGUACAUGCAAACAAACAGCCUGAUCCAGGAAACGCAGCAAUGUUUCCAGCGGCUGAACGAUACGCGUUUUGAUUCGAGCGAAAUUGAGCACGAUAUCGCGAUGAAGAUUACAACAGUGAAUGGCAACUGUGAUCGAUUGGACGUGCUGCUGUUCAAAGUGCCCGUGGCGCAGCGUCAAAAUGCAAAAAUGCGAGUCGACCAACUAAAGUACGAUAUACGGCAUCUGCAGGCCGCACUAAAGCUGUACCAGGAUAAGAAACAACGUCGCGAAACGGAACUGGCGGAGCGGGAAAGUCUACUCAACAAACGAUUCACCGCCAACAGCGAAACGUCGAUCGAUAUCGAUUACUCCCUGCAGCAUCACAAUUCGAUGCAAAACGCCCACCGCGGUGUGGACGAAAUGAUCUGGACGGGGUCGAACGUUUUGGAUGGGCUCCGAUCGCAGCGGGAAACGCUAAAGGGAGCACGCAAGCGUAUAUUGGACGUAGGCAACACGCUGGGGCUAUCGAAUCAAACGAUGAAAAUGAUCGAACGUCGGCUUGUCGAGGAUAAGUACGUGAUGUACGGUGGGAUGUUUGUGACGACGGUUAUCAUCUGUCUGAUAGUAUACAUUUGGAUUCUUUAGCUACUUCAGAAUAGAUGGUGCUUUGUUGUAUUUCGAAUGAAUAGAAGGAGUGGCUGGUUUAAUGUGCUGUUCAGAA